UUGUUAAAAAGGCGGAUGGUGGUUUGGCGGGAAAAGAGAUGCGGCGGAGGGAUCGGUGGAGUGUUUUUACUGAACCCGGGUGAAUACUCAGCUGUGAUUCUCCUGCAGCAGAUGACAUCCGACAUCACGGACAAAGAGCUGGAAAGCGCGACAAUGCAGCUAUAUUCAAGUUUGGCAAGUAAAAACUACGACUACGACUCUAUCCAGCCAUAUUUUUAUGUUGAUAACGAAGAUGAGGAUUUUUAUCACCAGCAACAAGGACAACUUCAGCCACCUGCUCCAAGUGAGGACAUCUGGAAGAAAUUUGAGUUGCUGCCCACUCCUCCUCUCUCCCCGAGCCGGCGACCAUCACUGUCUAGUCUUUUCCCUUCAACUUCAGACCAACUCGAAAUGGUGACAGAGUUUCUCGGGGAUGACGUUGUAAACCAGAGUUUCAUCUGCGAUGCCGAUUACUCUCAACCCUUCCUCAAGUCUAUCAUCAUCCAGGACUGUAUGUGGAGCGGGUUCUCGGCUGCAGCCAAGUUGGAAAAAGUGGUGUCUGAAAGACUCGCCAGUCUCCAGGCUGCUAGGAAAGAAUCAGCUUUUAGCGACAACGCGGAGUGGACUACUACUCGGUUGAACGCAAACUACUUGCAGGAUCUGAACACAUCCGCGUCAGAAUGCAUUGAUCCCUCAGUGGUCUUUCCCUAUCCAAUAACUGAUACUUCCAAAUCAAGCAAGGUGGCACCACCCACGGAUUUGGCAUUGGACACCCCACCCAACAGCAGUAGCAGCAGUGGUAGUGACUCAGAAUAUGAGGAGAUAGAUGUCGUGACUGUGGAGAAGAGGCACGCAGAGAAGCGGUGCGACCCCAACAUGUCUGGGACCAGACAUCACAGUCCCCUUGUGCUGAAGAGGUGCCAUGUCUCCACCCACCAGCACAACUACGCAGCUCACCCCUCCACGCGGCACGAGCAACCGGCUGUCAAGAGGCUGAGGCUAGAGAGUAGUAACAGUGGCAGCAGCAGCAGCCGGGUCCUCAAGCAGAUUAGCAGCAACCGCAAAUGCCCAAGUCCCUGGACGUCAGACACUGAGGACUAUGACAAAAGAAGGACUCAUAAUGUACUGGAGCGCCAGCGGAGGAACGAGCUCAAGCUGAGCUUUUUCGCUCUACGGGACAAGAUACCGGAGGUGGCUAACAACGAAAAGGCAGCCAAAGUGGUCAUCCUGAAGAAGGCUAUAGAGUGUAUUUACAGCAUGCAGACAGACGAGCAGAGACUAGUCAACUUCAAAGAGCAGCUAACGAGGAAAAGUGAACAUUUGAAACAGAAGCUGGCCCGGUUGCAGGACUCUCAUGUUUGAAAUCAAAGCGGCAUAGGCUUUUUGGCCUCAUCGUUUUUAAUGCAAGUUAAGACAUGGUGUGUAUAGUUGAUAUUGCAUGCAAAAAAAGUUUUUGGGGUCUGUCUGAUUUAAAUGUUUAACUGCCUUAAUUGAAUUAUCGGCAGUAAAAUAUUUUAUUUUAUUAAUAAAAUAUGAAAUUGGGCUACAUGUGUUGCAUGCCCGACCUAAAAUAUGAAUGUUUUGUAAUAUAAUUUCGGAAUAUUUCCUAAAAUGUAUUUUUGGAUCUCAAUUGUUAGGAAGUUCAGGCAGUAUAUGGGUUUCCAUAUGUUCCUCAAUUCAUUUGAAAUAUAAAUGCAUUUCAUAACAAUUGCCUGUUUUUAUUUUUUUUGUCUCUUGGAGUCACUUGAAUGAGGUCUCACAAGAUCUGUUUGCAUUAACAGUUGAUGACCACAUGAAUAUACUCGUGGGGGGGAAAGGGGGUCCGAAGGCUGACUGUUAAAAUGGACAUGGAUCUGCACUUAAUGUGUAUUCUCUUUGAAGUCUUAACAAUUAAAAGACCAGUAGAAUCACCUUUAAUCAGGACUUUGACCUGGUAAAAGGCUGCAGCUAUAAACCGAUCUAUCUGGAGUUGACCAUACCACAAGUUGGUAUGGACAGUCAGUUGUCAAAUACAGUUCAGGGGAACCAACUUAUAAUUGAAGGCAAUUGGGUCUUACAACUUAUUUCUGUCUUAGAUGAGUGAACCUAGCAUGCACUGGAGAUUUGAUGUCCUAAUUUACAUAGUCCAGAUGGCAGAAAACCAAGGCACAUUGAAAAGGACCUGGUCUAUGUCCUGUUCUCCACCCUUUUAGAAUAACUUCCUGUUUAUGGAUUCAAAAGCACAGGAAUGUUGUAAGCAUUGGCUGGGAAAGAGACUACUAAGGGUAUGGUGACUAUGACGGAAGUGUAGCUGGAGCUUGAAUCUCAUGGCGGUGGGAAAGGGGAUGAAUGGACUUUUGUCCAAUGAGAAAAUACGUACAACUGUGGGAAAUAAUGUAUAGUUCUGAUAAUACCCUAUUGUAUCUGGUAGGAGUAUGUUUUUUGGAAAAUAAGGGUAUGUCAGACUUCUGGGACUUGUUGGAAACAUCCAAAAUGAUGGCUAAAACUUUAGGUACAGUAAAAUCAGUGAAGAGAACGAGAA